UACUACCAGGGCGCUUUAUAGUGCAUCAAACUUAAAGUUAACAUUAACCUGUUUAACAGUGAUAUAUACUUCAUACGAUAAUAUAUAUCAUGUGAUUAAUUAAUCUAACUGAACUUUGACAUUUGGAUACACCAACAAGUACAUCAAAUGAUGUUCCAAUUCAUCGAGCACGCGGUGUUCACGCUUGUUCUGGCUGUGCUUAUCAGCGUCUAUUACCGGAAGGGGCCCCGCUACUUCCUGAAGAUCAUUGUCCUGGCGGUGAAGGAACUACCGGGAGUGCAGACGCUGAUUGACAAUGUCCUUAAGAAGGAGGUCACAAGCUUUGUGAAGUCGUCCACGUUGGCGCAGGAUGUAGUUGCCAGCAAGCCGCGUAUUGUUCUUCCUAAAUCAGCGUUCAGCUCGGAUGACCUCCGUGUCCAGAUGGGCAACCUUCUGAAGCGAGAAUGCAACACGCAGGAGGACGGUAACGUGUUUGCUUACACGUACACCAUGAAGGACGAACACUUCAAAUUGCAAGAGGAUGCCUUUGACAUGUUUGAAGAGAAGACGGGUCACUCCGCAGAGCACGACAAAAUUGUAAAGGAAUUCUUCCACGCCUUCAUGCACGAAAAUGCACUUAACCCAAUGAUCUUCCCAGCUCUAAGAUUAAUGGAAACGGAAGUGGUGAGUAUGACCGCCGCCAUGUUGAACGGUGACCGUGAGGUGGUUGGGUUCCUCACUUCCGGUGGUACAGAGAGCAACCUGAUGGCGGUGAAGACCUUCAGGGACUAUGGUCGAGCGCAACGCCCAUAUAUCCGGCGACCGAAUAUCGUGACCCCGAUAUCGGUUCAUCCGACCAUAGACAAGGCUGCCCACUACUUCGACAUGGAUGUCAUUCACACGCCCAUGGACAAGGACUUUAAAGCAGAUGUCAAGGCCAUCGAACAGGCUAUAAAUUCGGACACAGUGCUCAUUGUGGCAUCGGCACCACAGUUCUGUCACAGUGUGAUGGACCCUAUUAAAGAAAUAGGGGCACUGGCCCUUCGCAAAGGGAUACCACUUCAUGUGGACGCUUGCUUUGGGGGUUUCAUGUUACCUUGGGUGGAAAAACUGGGUUACAAAAUCCCGAAAUUUGACUUCCGAGUGCCCGGAGUGACCUCUAUGUCGGCGGAUGUCCAUAAAUAUGGCUAUAGCGUGAAGGGCGCCAGUGUGAUCUUGUACCGUAAUGCGGACAUACGGAAACACCAGAUAUACGCGUACGCGGAGUGGCCUGGCGGUCUUUACGGGUCUCCCAGCAUGGCGGGAACCAGGCCAGGCGGCAACAUUGCAUCGGCAUGGGCGGCUAUGAAAGCACUAGGUGAAAGCGGGUACAUGGCCAAAGCACGCGAAAUCAUGGACAUCACGGACAAAUUGAAAGCGAGAAUUACUAGUAUUAAGGGCCUGUGUUUGAUGGGAGAACCAUGCAUGUCGGCGUUUGCAAUUGGUUCCAGUGAUUCCAACCUUAACAUACAGGCUGUGGCCGAUGUCAUGGAAACCAAAGGCUGGAAGAUGGAGCGGUGCCAGACGCCUGACUGCCUGCACUGCUCAAUCCUGCCCCAUCACACCGGCAAGGCAGACAAGUUCCUGGAUGAUCUAGAGGCAUCCACCAAGCAUUGUAUGGAUAACAAAGCCCUCGCAAAGAAGGGCACCGCUGGUGUGUACGGAAUGAUGGCCAACAUUCCUGACAAAGGAAUCGUCACUGACUUCCUGAUCGAGUUCUUCAGUGAAGUGUACACGUGCAAAUAAACAAUCGCACUAUUUAUAUUACUAUCACGUGGGAUGUAAGUUCAAUAUAAUGAUCUAUUCUGUGUUUGGGUGGAACCCUCAGUGCGGGAUAUAAGUUCAUACCCGCGCAAUAUCUAUAAGUAUAUGGGUACUGUUACAUUACAUAUUGUGUUCACCAUGUGAACAUGCAUUUUUAUGGAUGAUGUUGAUGGAGAAAAUAUACCACUUUUUAUUUUGUGCUUGACUCAAAAUCUUCAAAUCUAGUCAUGGUAUUUUUGUGAAAUAGUCUUUAAAACUAAUAAUAAACUUACUCAAAGUCCUUUUCAUUGUUCAUAACGACUUAUUUUUUUUAUUUAAUUUCAACACAAAGCUUUCCAAUGUUCAUAAUAUAUUAUAAAUAAGUUAAAUGAAUUGGCCUUUUGGCCCCAUGACAAUAACAACUGGUGUGACCGUAACGUCCGGCUGUGAACGUGAAUCUCCUACUACCCUACUACCCUUUACUGACAAACAGUGUAUUAAUAUAUAUUGGAACACCCAAUUCUGACGUGUCAAUUUCCGACGGGAUCUUGAGCAAAAACACAUGCUUAAAUAUAGAGAAUUAAUAUGAUAUGCGUUAGACAAAUAAGGAAGUCCGUAAUUUACAUUCCCUGCAUGCCGACGACAUGUCUAAUGAGUAAGUUAAACAAUGAAUAAUUAACUUGAUGUGUUCUUCUCAUAUAGUUAGAUGUUAUUUAUGAUUACUAUCUGUAUUGGCCAUCUGAUAUCGUUCUGAAGCAUGUAUCCCUUAAUUGAUUAAUUAGCUGGGCUCUUUGUAUGUAAGAUAUUGCUUAUAGUAGGAAUUUUUGCCAAUUUAAUUUCUGUCGUGUAUAAUUGUCCAAUGCGUAUACUAUUUUGUAUAAUAAUAUUUAAUAUAAUAUUUAACUUGUUACGCUACAUUGUUGUACACGAAAAACUCAUUCGGUUACCUUCAAGAUUUAUGAAAGUUUAAAGUCAAAGGUCAAAGUAAUAAUUACAAUGAUGUAAAAUAGGACAUUUCCGCUGUAUAACUUAUUUAAUCUUGAAAAUAAUAUGAAAAUAACUUGUGCGCCUACUUGUAAUAUCUGUUGCUCAGACGUUUGGAUAAAAUGCAUAUUUUAGUUAGAUAAUAAUAAGCACACAAAUAACAGCGUGGUUUUCAACAUUGUCAUGCAAAACAACCCUUAAAUUAAGCCUUUACUUUCUCGAUAUCGCUCUACUGGAGACUUUUUGCUUCGGUUUUCAGUAAAGAAACAAAAUUGUCACACCUAUACAUAAACAAAAAACAAUGUUUUUUUAUAUUGGGCUAUUAGUCAAAUUUAUUUGUACACAUGCGUUAGAAAUACGUUCUUUACUUCCCCUGUAAAUAUAACGUUCCAUCCUGAAUGACUGAGAAUUCAAUUCAAAUACCAAGUUUUGCUAUACGGAAGUUAAUGGACGUACGGAAAAUACGAUCUCAUUUUGAGUUAUGUGUUAUAGCGGAUGUUAACAAUGUGGAUGUCACUUAUCAUUAACUAGUGUUUAUAAUGAAACGAAAUAAAAAAAUCCUCGUU